UUUUGACCAAGUCAUCGUGGUCAUUGCGACGAGCGCGCAUUUGAGCAGAUGCAGACUGCCCAGGGAUAUCUAUGUGUCUGAAUCUACCGUGCCCCAGGUUCCUAGACUCGUAUCCCUUCGCUCCCAUCGGUGACAACCACAUGAAGCCACAUCUGCCUAGUGCUACAAUCUGAUCAAUAGCGGGUGGCAUCGGCCAUGUUCUGAUCCAACACGCCGUUUGAAAUGUCCUCCCAAUUUUUGCAGGCGGAACUCCUGAAUCUGAUCCAGGAAUCCAAGAGGAGAAAUUCCGACCUGCGAAAUGCAGCCGAGGAGUCCCUUAACGAACUGAAAGCCUUGCCUUCAACUUCCGAAGCGCAAAUAUCAGCAGAUCUGGUGCGCAAACCGAAGUUUGCGAAUCCAUUCAUUCUUGCCUGUCACAGUCGCCAUGCGAAGCUCGCAGGCAUCGGGGUCAUCUGCCUACAAAGGCUGGUGGCUUCGAGAUCGCUGCCGUCUGAGCGACUGAAAGAUGUUCUCGCUGGAUUGAAGGAGACGACGAAUAUGAGUCUGGAUAUCCAGCUCAAGAUCCUGCAGUCAUUGCCUGCUUUGCUACAGCACUAUUCAAAUGAUCUGGGCGGCGACCUUCUUGUCAGCACCUUGGAGAUAUGUGCUACGCUUCAAGGGAACAAGAUGCUUGCGGUUUCCAGCACCGCCGCAGCCACGCUGCAGCAACUGGUCGUAUCGACAUUUGAACGGGUAUCCAUCGAAGACAAAAACUUCGAUCAGUCGACGCCAACGACAACCGUUAAAGUUGACGGGAAUCCUGUGAGCGUAGGGCGCUUUGCUUACGAUGCUUUACGGGUUUUGGACGAUCUCUGCCGUUUGAUUGAUGGCGAAGCCUUAUAUUUUCUUCGAAUCAAGUCUCUUUCUUCGACUUUCACCCUGGAACUCAUCGAAAGCAUUUUGGUCAACAGUGGCAAGCUAUUUGUCAUCCAUGCUGAAUUGACACAGGUCUUGCGAACUCGACUCAUGCCAAUGAUCGUGAGGUAUUUGUCGGAACGACAUAGCUUCUCCCAGACUGUCCGUGUUUGUCGAAUCCUCCUAGUGCUCCUCAAGCGCCACAUGUCUCUUCUUCCUGCCGAGUGUGAGAUGGCUCUUGGACUCUUAACUCAUCUACUCGAGCCCGAUGGCACCUCACCUUGGAAACGGGUCCUUUGUAUGGAAGUAUUUCGAGGCUUGUAUGCCGAACCAGGCCUGAUAAGACUGAUGUAUUCACUCUACGACCGAGAAGAUAGCAGGAAGAACAUUCUCAAAGAACACAUGGCUUCGCUUGUCCGCCUGGCGUCGGAAAAGCCUUCCUUGAUUGGGGUCAGUAGCCGGUCAACCGUGCCUUUUCGUGUCGACCAAUCCAGGUCUUUUACCGAAGAGCAGAUCACGCUUGAGGCAGGAGGAGUUGCCGGCGUUAUUGGAACAUCGGUUCCCUCAACCGACACUGACGUACCGGGAAUCAGCAGUCAAUGGAGCGUGGUUCGCACGCCCUACAUGGAAUUACUUGACAAGACCGACCCUCCUUCACCUCCCGAUACCUAUAUUUACAGCCUUGUACUGAAUUGUAUCGGUAGCUUUGCUGAAGGACUUGCAAAAUUCAUACUUCCUUUGACGGUACCUGAUCUGAAGCAAAAGAGGAGAAGCCGUAUCAUGAGCCCUCAUCCAGACAGUGGCUCUUCGAGGCUUUCACAAGAACUCCAGAGAACCAAUUCCUCAAAAGAAGUUCCGACAUUGGGAUCGAAAAAGCCACCUGUACCAAUCAACCCUCUUCGGCUGGAAUCGCACCCUCAGCUUCCCGCAAUCCAAAGCUGUGCCGGCAUCAUCGAGAAUUGUUGGCCGGCAAUACUUGCGGCUUGCUCAAUAUUUUUGUAUGCGUCACUGGAUGACGAGUUUUACCAUAAUUUGGUCCGGUCAUUUCAGAAGCUGGCUCAUGUUGCUGGCCUGCUCAGAUUGUCUACUCCCCGUGAUGCAUUUCUGACAACACUUGGCAAGGCAGCCAUGCCGGCGGACACAACUGGUACAAAGUCCGCGAGCGCAACGGUAACGUCGACGAGUGCUUCGCAGUCUAGCCAGACUGUCGAUGAAAAAUCGAAAGGCUCAGCGGUGCCUCUUGCUGGUUCACCAUUACCAGUCGAGAACCCCAAUGCACCUACCGAUAUUGCAUCUGUGUCUCUAAGCACCCGGAACCUCCUGUGCUUGCGAGCUUUGCUUAAUUUAGGCAUUGCUCUAGGUCCUACCUUAGACCAGCCGGCCUGGUCGAUAAUCUUGGGGACACUGCAAGACACCGAUUUACUGAUUGGGAUGGCAUCUACCAAGUCGCAGGCUCUAGCCAGUAGCUCCGGUGAUGCUUCAUCUGUUCUGGGUGCUGACGUACCCAAAGCCAAUAUCGGUACGGAGAUAUUGGCUGUACAGGCAGCUUCUGCUAAAAUGCUGGAAAGUACCAGCGACUAUCCCGGUAGCUCAUUCCAAGAGAUCCUUACUGCACUUCUGGAUCUUUUUGGUACCACCGAAGAAACGACACAAGAUUUGCCGGAGAAAUUGUCGAAAACUACGCUUUCACCACAAUCACGCUCUAGCUUAUUGCGCAAGAAUACCCAUCGUGUAUCGUUUUCUAUGGGGAAGUCUAGAACACAGGAUGAGCUGUUGAAGUUCGUGCUCGAGAAAGCAAAUGAGCUAGCCAAGGCGAACCUCGGACGGUUCUCGUCAUUACUUGAUGAUGACCAGGGUGCUUGGCAGCUUCUUACAGGCAGGCUGAUGUCAAGCGCAGCUGACAGAGCAAUUAACCAGAAGCUUCGACUAAGAGCCAACGAAGUGCUCAAUAGCGUUAUCUUCCAGACCCUAACGCAGAAGGAUAGCGAGGAUGACUCGGAACGCAACGCACGGCAAAUAAGAAAUCUUGAAACUCUAAGGCUUCAGAUUCAAUUGCUCUACAAAGCAAGCGCUUGCUCACCAGGGUCGCCAUCAGCGCCCGUUGCGGAGAUACAUGAGCAAAGCCUGGAGACCCUAAAGAGUAUUCUCGAGCAGUAUGCUGAAACUUUCCUUGGAGGAUGGUCUAUCGUCUUCGACCUUAUAUCAAGUGUCUUUGGCGAUACCGGCGAUGCCGAGGCAUCCAGCAAAGGGUGUAAAUCGUCGUUGAUAGCCAACUCACCCCGGCUUAUUCGGGUGGCUUAUAAGUCUCUGCAGCUCAUAGCCUCCGACUUCAUCUCUUUGCUUCCCUUGCCCUGUCGACUGAAUCUUGUAGACGCGUUCUCGAAGUUUGCCUUGCAGCAACAAGAUUUCAAUAUUUCAUUGACAACCACGUCUUCUUUCUGGAACGUGUCCGAUUUCCUCCAAGGACAGAUCGAACGAUUUUGCAUCGAGACCCAUGUUGACUCUUUCGUGACAGAAGAUACGCUCGCAGCACUAGCAAAGGGGGAUGAGCCUUCCGUCUCCCGCAAUGCUCUGUGGCUGUUGCUGCUCCUGCGGAUAGUGGACCUCACCACCGACAGCAGGUCAGAAAUCAGAAACUGCGCGGUCCAUACUCUACUCAGGAUAUUCGAUGCGUACGGCCAGCAACUAUCGCCGAAGGCCUGGCAUUUGUGUCUGAAUCGGGUUCUGUUCCGGAUGGUUGAGGAUAUCGAGGCUGAAUUGGUGCUUACACGCGGGCAGGGGAGUGGCCGUGGCCCUGAUGAGUUCAAGGCCUGGGUUGAAACAACUGUGGUCAUGAUUAAAGGGGCUUCUGAUCUCGUGACUACCUUUUUCGAACCGAUUGUUGAAGACGACAAGUUCGACCAGUCUUGGGAACGACUACUCGGCUAUUUCCAGAAGAUCAUUGGCUUGCGUCUCUUAGAAUUCGGAGAAGCUGUAUACUCCAGUUUUUCGAGCAUACUUGUUCGGGUUCAGAAAUCGAAAGGGCUAAGCAAACAUGCUCUCUCUGUCACUUGGUCGCUGUGGGUAGGCGGCCACCCGGCCGACAAGGAAGAUCUACUGGACUUGGAACGUCCGAAUCAAGCUGCCUCAAUAGCAUACCUGCAGGCCUUCCAACAGAUAUACCGGUUAUACAAGGAUGACCUCGAAGGGGAACAGGUCGAAAUCAUUCUCCAACAUUUGCGACUUCUUGCAUGGAACUCAAUAUCUCCCCCAUACUCACCAGAUAUUGACCGCACAUCUAGCUUACAGGCGUUGAUCCUCGAUUGCUUGAAAACGCUCUGUCUAGAGAAGAACAAUUCACAGCCCGAAAUUAUCUCAUGCAUCGCCGAUCUCACUGACUCGCCGUUAUCUAAAUGGUCCCCUGAUAGCGACUCGAAGAAACCGACCUACGUCGCAUUCUCGAAAAACGCGAUCGAUCUUCUCAGUUGGUAUAUCACCGAUCACGGCAUCAAAAAGGAUAUAUUCGCGACCGGAUCCUUAGCGAUAGCUCUGGAACGUCUCGCGAACCCAAUCGUCCAACGAUACGAAUGGCCAGGAAAGGACCGCGAGCCCAGCCUUUGGCGAAAGUCAACGACCGCAGCUCUGGACGUUCUCCAAGUUGCGAUCCCUUACGUGGAGACACAGUAUGAUAGCUCCAAGCAAGCGGAAAUUUCUCGCUUCUGGCAACGCGUAAUCGACAUUGCAAGCGGCAUAGUCACUGCCCGGGGAUACCGAACUCCAUCCAUCCCGCGCGCCACCAUCCUAGCCGAUGAAUCCUUCGACGUGGCUGCUUUCGACCGGCUAAAAGCGCUAAUAAUCCCAGCCCUAGGGGCAUCAACAAUCCCGGACAGAAUUCGCCGGGAUUUUGCCUGUGCCUUGUUGCACUCUUCCUUCAUCUACAUCCCCCAGAGAUUCGACAUCCCGUCCCAGUCCCUCGAAAACGAGCCUCUGAAGGCUAUAUACGAUGUUCGGCCUGGACGAACCUUCGAGCCUCCCCCGACAUUACGAACCAAGAUCGCAUACACGGUGAUCGACACCCUCUUUGAGCUUGCAUCAGCUCCUUCACAGAUCGCAAAUCACCAGGAACCCACAGCCUCCCGCAUCUUGCUCGCACGCUCCACAUCCCCAUACCUCAUCCUCCGGUGCGCAGUAUCCCUGAAAGGCUAUAUCGCGGAUCAGCCCCUACGCGGCCUGAUGCCGCAGCCCACCCCGGCACGGAAAUCCCUAUUACAUCUCCUUCGCGGCAUGGUGGACUUAUGCUCCGAACCUUCGGCAAUCCCCCCGCCACCCGCCGCAGGGUCAGCAGACCCAGUAAACCCAGCAGCCGCCAUCAGUUCGUCAACUCCGCUUACCGCAAAGGAGCACAAAAAGCACCUUGCAUGGAUCUACCCGCUCGUGGUGCGGGCCGUGCAGGUUGCCGGGAAGGAACAGGAUGACGGUGAGGUUCUUCAUGCCUUAGGCAAGGUUCUGCAGGAGGUUGGUGGGUAUAUGUAAUUCAUACGAUUGCCAAUAGUUAUUUCUUACUUUCGUAUAGUCUGUUGUUUGUUUUUUGUUCCUCUGCUCGCUUGACCGGGGAACUGUUGAAAACAUAUUAUAGAUAGACAAUCAAUCCAUCAAUCAAUCAAUCAUUUAGCUAGCUAGCGAG